AACGCAAUGGCUUGGGGAAGAAAUAGUACAACAAUUACCAAUUUCAUCCUGUUGGGAUUCUAUGAAUUUCCAAAGCUCACCAUUGUCCUGUUUUCAAUAUUCCUAGGGAUCUACCUCAUGACAGUGUCUUGGAACCUGGGCCUCAUCACCCUCAUCAGAGUGGAUUCCCAUCUGCACACACCCAUGUACUUUUUCCUCAGUAACCUGUCCUUUCUAGACAUCUGCUAUGUUUCCACUAUAGCCCCCAGGAUGCUCUCAGACUUCUUCCAGAAGCAGAAAUUCAUCUCCUUUACGGGGUGCACCACACAGUACUUCUUCUUGUCUUGCCUGGGUCUGACCGAGAGCUGUCUUCUGGCAUCCAUGGCUUAUGAUCGAUAUGCUGCCAUUUGUAACCCUCUACUCUACACAGCCAUCAUGUCCCCAACUCUCUGUCUACAAAUGGUGGCAGGAUCUUUCAUCACUGGAUUCCUUGGCUCAUUUAUCCAACUGUGUGCCUUACUUCAGCUCCAUUUCUGUGGACCAAAUGUUAUUAACCAUUUCUUCUGUGACCUGCCCCAACUGAUGAUCCUAUCUUGCUCUGAUACCUUUUUCUUACAAGUUAUCGUCUCUGUGUUCACAGUCUUCUAUGGACUGGCUUCUGUACUGAUUAUCAUGAUAUCCUAUGGUUAUAUCGUUGCCACCAUUUUGAAGAUCACUUCAGCUGAAGGCAGAUCCAAGGCUUUCAACACCUGUGCUUCUCACCUGACAGCAGUGACCCUCUUCUAUGGCUCAGGCACCUUUGUCUAUUUAUGGCCCAACUCUGACGAUUCUCUUAGCCAAAACAAGCUUGUUUCUAUUGUAUACACUGUGGUGAUUCCCAUGUUAAAUCCACUGAUCUAUAGUCUCAGAAACAGGGAGCUCAAAGAUGCCCUUGACAGAUGGAAGAAGAGAAUUUUCUCCUGA